AUGCUGCUCUCAAGUACUGUGUUGGAGGUUCCAUGCUUUCUAGGGAAUAAUGCCUCGGGCUUUGAUUGGAUUGCAGGUUGGAUAGAGUGGGGUGGUGAAAGAUUUGAGUUUAAAGAUGCUCCUUCUUAUUCGGAAAAGAACUGGGGUGGAGCCUUCCCAAGAAAAUGGUUUUGGGUUCAAUGUAAUGUCUUUGAAGGUGCAAGCGGAGAAGUUGCUUUGACUGCAGCUGGUGGGUUAAGGCAAAUACCAGGAGUAAAUGUGACUUUUGAAAAUGCUGCAUUGAUUGGAGUACACUAUGAUGGAAUUUUCUAUGAAUUUGUGCCAUGGAAUGGUGUUGUAAAUUGGGAAAUUUCUCCAUGGGGCUACUGGUAUAUGGCUGCAGACAAUGGGACACAUUUGGUUGAAUUGGAGGCAACAACAAAGGAUUUGGGAACAACAUUGCGUGCUCCAACAGCAGAAGCUGGGCUUACUCCUGCUUGUAAAGAUACCUGUUUUGGAGAUCUGAAAUUGCAAAUUUGGGAACGUAGAUUCGAUGGCACUAAGGGGAAGUUAAUUUUGGAUGUUACAAGUGACAUGGCAGCAGUAGAAGUCAGAGGAGGACCAUGGUUUAACACUUGGAAAGGCAAGACAUCUAUGCCAGAGCUUGUUAGCCGUGCUGUCGGAGCUCCCAGUGAUUUGGAUGAAAUUUUCAGAUUUGCUCCACUGUUCAAGCCCCCUGGUUUGUAA